AUUGAGGUUGAGUUGUUCCCUCCCUACAUCCCACCCUCACAGAUGCAGACUGUGAGUGUUGCACAUCAGCCAGGAUCAUUCCAGCUCAACUUCUGCCUCUGAUGCCGACUUAAAACAGGGUUUGCAUUGGACAUCCAGCCACACAGGGUUUGGUGUUUUGAAAAUGUGUUUUUUGCCAUGCUAAUAGCUCAACCAUUAACUGAGGAGGGAAGAGACCUGCUGUGCUGGACAAACUUAGACUGAGAGUCCUCAGAGUUCUUCUCUGACCUCCUGAGUCAGACAUGGGGAAAGUCUACUAUGUCAGUAAAAAUGUGGGCCUUGGGAUGCUUGUUCUGGCAGCCAGUGCUCUGGCUACGAUUAUAGCUCUGUCCAUUGCCUACGACAAGGAAAGAGCAAAGAAUCAAGGAAAGCCUGGAGAUGGAGUACCCAACAGCACCAGCAUGCCUACACCCCCCACCACCCCUAUCACUCCGAAGGAGCCCUGGGACUACUACAGACUUCCGGUCUCCCUCGUACCUGUCUCCUACAAUGUGACCCUGUGGCCACGGCUGAAGCCCAACGCAGACGGCCUGUACAUCUUCACUGGACGUUCAGCGGUGGUCUUCAGAUGUACAAAGGAAACAGACCUCAUCAUCAUCCACUCUAACAAGCUAAACCUCACCACCUUCUCCGGGCACCAUGCUAAGCUGAGUGGCCUGGGUGAAGCCACUGCGCCCGCUAUACAAAAGUCUUGGCUUGUUGUGAAGACGGAGUAUCUGGUUCUUCAGCUAAGCAGCAGACUAGAUGUUGGAGCAUCAUAUGUGCUUUACACUGAGUUUCAGGGGGAGCUGGCAGAUGACCUGGAAGGCUUCUACAGGAGUGAAUACAUUGAGGAUGGUGUGAAGAAAGUUGUCGCUACUUCGCAGAUGCAAGCGACGUAUGCCAGGAAAGCUUUCCCUUGCUUUGACGAGCCAGCUAUGAAAGCCAUCUUCAAUGUGACCAUCUUCCACGAUCGAAACACUGUGGCCUUGUCUAACGGCAGAGAAAUUGACACUGCAGAAUCUGUCAUUGCUGGCGUGCCUUUAAGAGUGACUACAUUUGAGCCCACAGAGAGAAUGUCCACAUAUCUGCUGGCAUUUAUUGUCUGUAACUUUGUUGACAUUAACUCAACCCUAAACAACAAUUUGUUGGUCCGAAUCUGGGCUCGAAGAAAAGCCAUAGAUGAUAAGCAGGGUGACUAUGCUCUCCAGGUUACAGGACCGAUCCUUCAGUUCUAUGAGCGCUACUACAAUGCGACGUAUCCGCUCUCAAAGUCAGAUCAGAUAGCUCUGCCUGACUUCAAUGCUGGGGCAAUGGAGAACUGGGGCCUGGUUACAUACAGGGAGACGGCCCUGCUCUUUGACCCCAUCAUAUCCUCCACUGGAAACAAAGAGAGAGUUACAACUGUAAUCUCUCAUGAACUCGCACACAUGUGGUUUGGCAACCUGGUGACUCUGCAAUGGUGGAAUGACCUGUGGUUGAACGAGGGGUUUGCGUCAUAUGUGGAGUACCUUGGAGCUGACUAUGCCGAGCCCACCUGGAACAUUAAAGACCAGAUUGUACUGUCUGACGUGCACAAGGUGUUUGCUGUGGAUGCCCUGGCUUCCUCCCACCCGCUGUCCCGCCGAGAAGAGGAGGUCAAUGACCCUUCUCAGAUCAGCGAGAUGUUCAACACCAUCUCCUACAGCAAGGGAGCAGCGGUGCUCAGAAUGCUGUCAGAAUUUCUCACUGAGCCUGUGUUUGCCAAAGGACUCAGUUCUUACCUGAACACAUUCGCCUUUGGCAACACAGUGUAUACAGACUUGUGGGAUCACCUCCAACAGGCAGUUGAAAACACACCGGGUAUGCAUAUUCCUCAAACUGUCCACAACAUCAUGAACCACUGGACUCUUCAGAUGGGUUUCCCAGUGGUCACUAUUGAUACCCGGACAGGAAGCAUAACCCAAAAACACUUCCUCUUGGAUCCAGACUCUGUGGUGGACAGGCCCUCUCAGUUCAAUUAUACGUGGUUUGUCCCGAUUAAAUGGAUGAAGACAGGUGUGGAGCAGCAACUUUACUGGCUCCUUCAAAAGACGGACAUCAACAGUCUGAUGAAAGUUUCAGGAGAGGACUGGGUGCUGGCGAACACCAAUGUAUCUGGAUACUUUAGGGUGAACUAUGAUCUUGAAAACUGGGAUCGCCUCCUCUCCCUGCUCAACACCAACCAUAAGACUUUGUCAAUCAUCAACAGAGCACAGAUCAUAGAUGAUGCAUUCAACCUAGCAAGAGCCAAAAUGAUUAAUACAACAUUGGCCCUGAGAACAACCAAAUACCUCUCCAAGGAAAGAGACUACAUCCCCUGGGAGUCAGCUCUGAGAAACCUUGACUACUACAUCCUCAUGUUUGACCGCACUGAAGUCUAUGGAGCUUUACAGGCAUACCUCAAGAAACAAAUCCAACCACUUUUUGAGCACUUCAAGACGAUUACAGCUAACUGGACCAGAGUACCUGAAGGACACACUGACCAAUAUAAUCAGAUCAAUGCUAUUGGAAUAGCCUGCAGUAUGGGAGUGGAAGGUUGCAGUGAGCUGAUCAAAAGCUGGUACAGACAGUGGAUGGAAAAUCCAGAUGUCAACCCGAUCCAUCCCAACUUGAAAACCACAGUUUACUGCAGUGCCAUAGCUUUCGGUGGUGUGAAGGAGUGGGACUUUGCCUGGAGAAUGUUCAAGAACGCCACUCUGGCAUCUGAAGCUUCCAGGCUCAGGUCGGCCAUGGCCUGUACCAAAGCACCUUGGCUUUUGAACAGGUAUCUGGAGUACACCCUAGACCCAACUAAGAUCCGCAAACAAGACACCACCUCUACCAUCCAAUAUAUCGCCCGAAACGUUGUGGGGAUGCCGCUGGCCUGGAACUUUGUCAGAGCAAGAUGGAGCUACCUUUUUCAGCAGUAUGGAAGAGGAUCAUUUUCCUUUUCUAAUCUCAUCAAUGGAAUCACAAAGAGAUUUUCUACAGAAUUUGAGUUACAAGAGCUGAAGAAAUUCAAAGAAGACAACCUCCAUGUUGGUUUUGGCUCAGCCACCUUGGCCCUAGAGCAGGCUAUAGAGAAGACUGCAGCCAACAUCAAAUGGGUGACAGAGAACAAAGCCCAUGUGCUGAAGUGGUUUACUGAAGAGUCCACAUGAGAGCACUUAGUCAAAAUGACACACUCUUAUUUUUUGUACUGUCAGGGAUGUGUAAUGAAUGACAAUGACUGUAAUCAUCAGAAACAGCAAAUGGUCAGCUCUUUGUCUUGGUAACAGAGACAAAGCGCAAAGAACAUGAUGAUUGGUGGACCACAUGUAUCACUAUAUAUCAGUGGUGUAGCGGUAAAUAUAUAAGUUUAACUCUCAUCUCUAUUCUGUGAUUGUCGUAGAGAAAACCAUUGUAACAGAAGAUUGUUUUACUCACAGGCAUUCAUUUAUGUCUUUUCUUCAUACUUCAAAUUAUAUGUUGCUGCUUACUAUAAUGUAUGCAAAGCAUUUAUACCAUAAACAUGAGGCAUUGAGCCACCUGUAGAACACCA